GCCGGACCAGGGAACGUACAUUUUUUUGGUUUGUUUUUGGGACUACGCUCUGAACUCCAGCUGCCACAUUCUGUCACUGUUUUCCUUCAGUCUGUUAACUUCCCUCUUCCUCCUCCUGGCUUCUCCUCUCGCAAACAUCUGGACCCACGUUCCUCCUCAUACGGAUCCGUUUCAUGUGAGAGUUCCUUCCUCCUGCUCAUCAGUCCGUGACGUUUCUGUUUGUCCUGAGCCGUGAACCGGAGCCAUGCUGGUCAUCUUAGCCUUCAUCAUCCUCUUCCACCUGGCUGCAGCCAUCCUGCUCUUCGUCGCCACCAUUCACAACGCGUGGUGGGUGGUGUCAAAACCAGGACAGGACGUCAUCUACUCUGACCUGUGGUACUCCUGUAACUCCACCUGCGUCUCCGUGAAGAACAGCCACAGCAGAGACGCAGCGUAUCUGCAGGCCGUCCAGGCCACCAUGAUCCUGGCCAUCAUCUUAUGCUGCGUCAGCUUCUUCGUCUUCAUCCUUCAGCUGUUCAGGAUCAAACAAGGAGAGCGAUUCAUCUUCACCGCCGUCAUCCAGCUCCUGGCCUCUCUAUGCGUGAUGGUUGCAGCGUCCAUCUACACGGCUCAGAACGACAGCUUCCACGAGUCCGACCUAAAGAAGGGCAACUACGGCUCCUCCUUCAUCCUGGCCUGGAUCAGCUUCCCCAUGACCCUCAUCAGCGGCAGCAUGUACCUGGUGCUCAGGAAGCGUAAAUAGAGGAGGAAACUCAAACACACGAACAGGAAGUUGGACACAAAAGAACAAUUUUUCCUCGACAAACACACAAUCUCUGUCUCAGCUUUUAGGUCUUAGAAGGAAGUCCACCCCACAUCUCAUGUCAAGUCCCAGCUUCAGAUCCAGAAAACACAUUUUCAUUUCAUCCUGGUUCUUACUGAAUGAGACGCAGUAGCGGUUUGAUGUUGGUUUGGUGUCUCUUAGAGAAUGUAAUUCUUUUAUAUUUCCCACGUAAAGUGCAGCCAGCUCGUCAAUGACAGGAGCUAAGGUGACGUCUGUGUUCAGGUGUGAGAGGAAGAUGUCAGUGAAUAGUUGAUGUGCUGCUUGGAAGAAGUUCUCUGCUGCAUUGAUUAGGAUCACAACCUUCGUACCGUAUGAAGACUCGUGUGGAGGUUUGUCUGCCUGGGACGCAGCAGCUGGACGUUUCAACAGGGUCCACUCUUUUUAUUUCUCGUGAAGCUUUAGUCAACUGAAUUUACUUUGUACAUAUUUGCUGUGUUUGUAUAGUUGAGGUAAAACUCGGAUAAUAAAAGUCUAUAUAUUAAAAAAGAAUCUCAUGUUAACUGUAGCGUACAGGAAGUGUAGUAAAGUAGAAUCAUUUGUAGGAUUUUAAUAUUCUUCUGUUAGUGACUCGUGCUUUAACGUGGAACCAAUGACGUUGCUGUGAUGUUUGGGAUUUAAAACGUCUGAAGAGAAACAUGCAAACUUGAAAAAUGAAUGAACAUUUCUUUGUUGUUUUGUUCACGACUUCAGUGAAACAGAGACUAAAGUUAUUUAUUGUUUCAAACCACUGUUUUCUUUGUAGUGAUGUAGGAACUGGUGAAGUUUUGACACAGUUUUCUCUCCUGUUUGGUCGAUUAAUGGAACAAAAUGCAUUUAACACCGAAGGGUUUGGUUCCGUUUUCUACCAGAAUCCUUCCACGUGAUUUAUCCCUAACUACAGUGUUUUGGGCUUUAGAGUUGGAUGAAGCUGCAGGGACUGAAAACAUUUCACGGAAAGAAUUUUGUCUUGGACUCUUUGGCUGCUUCAGAGAUGAAGUUUGUCCCUUAGAGCCUGAAAACCGAGCUCCACAGUCGUGAAGAACGAGGGAAAACUGAUGCAAGUGAAGUGUCUUUGCUCUGAUAUCUGAAGUUGAUACUUGAAAAUUAACAAAAACACAUUUGAGGCCAAGAUUGUCCUGUUUGUUACUCAUUCAUUCUGUUGUUUCAUGAACUGAUUAUACGCCUCCUGUUAGAAAGCAUGAUUUCAUCUUUCAGUAAAUCCCUGGACGUAUCCUGAGGGAACAUGUUCGUCUCUGUAUUAAAGUUUCCUUUAAAGCUGCAGACAAACAUGAUUCCUCCCGGGGCCGAACCGCCAAAGCAUUUCAAGUCUUAGAAGCCAAAACUUUAUUUAAGGGGAUUUUAUUUUAUUUUCUUUGCAGUUCAACUAUUUCUUAUUCCUGAUGAAGUAUUAAUUCCUCACUGAUUGAGUCUCAUGUUGCUCUGUCUUCUUCUACCAAUGUGUUAAGAACUUAAAUUAAACCUUUCAUUUUAUUGCAUGAGUUUUUUUGUUGUUAGUUUUGAUAAAUUCCUCUUUGUUUCUGUCCGUUAAUGUUUUAGGUUAAUAAAAUGACAUUGUUCUAUU